CAAUCAUUCUAACUUCCAUUACCGAAGAAAGAACAUUCAAAAUGUCCCGAUUCUCAAUAUUUGUGUUGUGCGCCAUUACUUUGCUGAUCCAGGCGGCAUUUAGCCAGCAGUGCGGUUGCAACCAAAUCUCUUACGGCAAGUCCGGAGCCGUUCUCAGUGGAAUCAGCUCGAGUUCGUCCAGCAGCUCUAGCAAGAGCGGGUCCAGCUAUGCCUCCUCCGCGUCGUACGGCGGCUCGGGCAUCGGACAGGUCGGCGUGUCCGGCGACAUCGGUGUGAGCGGCAGCACCGCCGUCGUCGGCUCCGUGCCCGUGCUCGGCUCGGUAACGUUCGGCGGCAAGGUGCCCGCGUCCGGCUCCGUCUCCAUUUCCGGACAGUGCGGAUGCGGUUGCAAAGCAUAAUAUUUGUUCUUGGACAGACAACGUGAUUAAUUGGCAUUUUUUUUGGUAAUAUAAGCAUGAAGCAGU